AUGAGGCCGUCGAGCGUUAUUCUCGAUAAAUUCUAUGAUUUAGCCGAUUAUAACGCAGACAAACGACACUCUGCUAUGGUUUAUAUCUUAUCGAAGGUAUUUUCUCUUUUUUAUUCAGGAGAAUUGAUAAUUUUGAGUGCCUCUCUCUGUCUCAAUGAAUGUCAUCGACGAAUGUCAUCGAGUAGGUUUUUGCAGUUGGAAGACGAAGAAAUCGUGGAUUAUUGCGUGAAUCGCUUGAUUGAAGGGCUGUCGUCUCCUCGAGCGGCUGCGAGGAUGGGUUAUACGAAUGCCUUAACUCAGAUUUUCUUUGACUUUUCUGCUAAUUGGCCAGUGAAAAGGAUUUUCGCCAUUGCCGACGAAAAACUUAGUCUCAAAAGCGCGGUUGGAUUUCACGCUGUUUUAAUUGCUUUUUUUCUUUUUAGGCUUAAAAGUAUAAAUUUUAAACAUUCAAAGUCAAAAUUUUUUACUUCAUAA